UGGGAACUGAUCGGCAGCUCUCCAACGACCCCUGCGAUCUGCAUCGGUUCUGAGGAUAAAAUCAACCUGAGCAGGUUUGCAAGCCUUCUUCAUUUCCGCAGCCCUUGCAUUAAGCAGCAUCUGUGUUCUGGAAGUUCCAGAAAGUGUCACUUUGAAGCUACUGAGUCAUCACCACCUCUCCUCAUGCGUGCUCACCACUCAUUUUAACCGAGACCUUGGAGCCGCGUCAACUAUAAACCAUCCUACUUAGCCCCACAGAAGCAGACAUCAUGCCAGUCUUCAAGCGCCCGAAAAAGGUCGAGCCCUUGUGGAAGGGGUGGGACCAGAAAGCCCAGAAGAACGGACUGAGGCACCAAGUCUAUGCAGUGAACGGUGACCACUACGUGGGUGAAUGGAAGGACAACCUGAAACACGGGAAGGGAACACAGGUCUGGAAGAAGAAAGGUGCUAUCUAUGAAGGGGACUGGAAGUUUGGGAAGCGAGACGGCUACGGUACCCUCAGCCUUCCUGACCCAGAGACUGGGAAGUACAGGAGAGUCUACUCAGGCUGGUGGAAAGGCGAUAAGAAAUCGGGAUACGGGAUUCAGUUUUUCAGCCCGAAGAACUAUUACGAGGGCGAGUGGUGCGGCAAUCAGCGCUGCGGUUGGGGCCGCAUGUACUACAGCAACGGCGACAUCUACGAGGGCCAGUGGUGGAACGACAAGCCUGAAGGGCAGGGCAUGUUGCGCCUGAAGAACAGGAACCGAUAUGAGGGUGACUGGAAAAGAGGCAUGAAGAAUGGGCAUGGGCAUUUCUUCCAUCUGGAUCACGGUCAGCUAUUUAAAGGCUUCUGGGUGGACGACGUGCCCAAGUGUGGCACCAUGAUCGAUUUUGGCCGUGAUGAAGCCCCUGAGCCCACCCAGUUCCCCAUUCCUAAGAUUGAGAUUCUAGACCCUGACGGUGUACUGAAGGAAGCCUUGGCCAUGGUCAAAAAGACAGAGGAAGAAGGAGACUGAUGCAAGGCCGCAGCCGCUCCUGGGUCGGGCGUGAGUCUCUCUCCAGUGCCAGCUCCGCUGCCAUCCUCUUCCCUGCAGAGAGCGUCACAGCUCAGGAGAAACUCAAGCUCUAGUCAACCAGAUGCUCAGACUUGUGCGGCUCCUGCGGGAGGGGUGAGCCGCCCCCUGGGCACACCCUUGGCUCCCUCAGCGGGCACCUCACUCCUGCAGACACUGGGUAGUGCACUACUUAUCUCCCUGGCUGGCUUCGGGUACUCACUUGUUAACACUGUGGUCCUGUGGCUUUAUACGAGAGUGCACGAGAAUAAAGAACCACCUGGU